ACAAGUUAGCACGUCCCUGUAGCUACAAACGUGAAGCUAGUCAGGACAUGGGUCCUUAGCACUGACUUUCCGGAUGAGUUUGUGAAGACAGAAGAUAAUGUGAUACUCUUUUAAUACCUCUCUCACACAGCUGGCUAUAAGGUUGCCAAAAAUGUCGGUGUUUAGUUUCAGCGCUGGGCGCACAUGGAGUGGCGUGUCACAGAAAAUAAUACAGUCUUCAUUGAAAACCACAAAAGGUCGAUACUGUGUAUCAAACGUGGUGAACCUCCACAGGAGAGGCAACAAUCGCCUGUCGACUCACACCACUAAUGCCACGCGUCUGUUCAGCUCCCAAACACACAAUCCAAAGGUACCACGGGUUGCAACAUGGGAAGCAGUACCAGAGGACCAACUUCCCCAGCCAGCCCAAAUCCCUGCUGACCUGGUGGACAAACUGGAGCGACUGGCCUUGGUUGAUUUUCGCACCAAACAGGGACUGGACUGUUUAGAGAAAGCGAUAAGAUUUGCAGAUCAGCUUCAUGUAGUGGACACAUCAGGGGUUGAACCAAUGGAUUCAGUUCUAGAGGACAGAGCUUUAUACCUGAGAGAAGAUGCAGUGCAGGAAGGGGACUGUGCAGAGGAACUGUUGCAGCUCUCCCAAAACACAGUUGAAGAAUAUUUUGUGGCACCGCCAGGAAAUAUUCCACUACCGAAGAGGGAGGAGAGAGCCGCCAUGCUGAAACACUCUGAGUUUUAGAAAUGUAUUGAUAUUUAUAACUUUUUUUUUCAUUAUUUUGGAAAGUUGAUGUGUCUUUGAUGAAAUAAUAAAGCUGACUUUGA